AUGUUGAGACGUGAAAGGGAUAUUUUGGUGGCAGCAGAACCUUUCGAAUUUGUUGUGUCGAAUGUGAUACUUAGUGUUUUAAAAACAGUUCGAGAGGAAAGCGCUGGAACAAGACUAGGUAGCGAUGACUUAAGUCAAUAUGAUUUAUUAAAUGCGGCAGAUCAAAUAUGUUCAGGCGAUGUUGUUAUAACACAUUCUUUGUCAAAGUCGUCAACUUUACGUGCCUUCUUUGAAGCUGCAAAAGCUGCACAUCGAUCUUUUCGUUUGUUUACAGUAGAUGAGGACUCUGAUUUAGCAGGAAGUUUAGAUUCUGUGGACAUACUUUCUGCAAUGCGUCUUGCGACUAGGGUAGUGAUUCCUGCUAUUGCUCUUCUCCCCGAUGGAUCAUGCAUAGCCCCCGCCGGCACGAUUCCGCUUUGCUUGGCUGCAAAAAGACACGUCGUUCCAGUCAUCGUUUGUGCAGCUUUCUAUAAGAUUACACCUUUUUUUAUUCCACACUUCGACAAAACUCAACCACUAUAUAAUCCCGCAACUGUUGUGCCGUUUUCUGAAGCUGAGUCAUUUUCCAAUGUACAUAUUGUUAAUCCGUUAUUUGAUCUUAUACCUGCCCAGUUGGUUUCCUUAUAUAUAUGUCAUACUUCCGUCUUGUCGCCACCACAUGUAUACCGUUUAAUAGGAGAUUAUUAUCACCCAAAUGACACCAGUAACAUUUGUGCGUAG